AAAAUAUCCACCUGAGUGACCGUUGUCCUAUCCCCAACGCCUCCUUACUCCCUCGUGCCCCUCCCUUCGCUUCUCAAGCCCAAGGUCCGUUCCGUCUACCUAUAGAACAGCGGCAGGAUCUUUUCUUUACACGUUUUGUUCAUUGCACCUAUUCGUCGACUAUGGACAACAAGCUCGAGGACAUCGCCGCCCAGAUUAAAUUCGACAUCCUCACCCCAACUCAGGAUGUUGACAAUGAGAAACUCAUAGAGGAGGUCUCAAGGAGCUUCAUCUCGGACACCAUCACAGUUCCUACUAAGGAGAUGUACGCCUAUGCCGUUCGUACCUCUGUUGGCGACGACGUCUAUCAUGAACCCUCUAUGCUCGCCCUUGAGGCCCACAUGGCCAAGAUUGCCGGCAAGGAGGCCGCCAUGUUUAUACCAAGUGGGACGAUGAGCAACCAGCUUGCACUGCGGACACAUUUGCAACAGCCCCCGUACUCCGUCAUUUGCGACGUGCGAGGCCAUAUCAACAAAUAUGAGGCGGGCGGAACGUCGUUCCAUUCAGGGGCCCACCUGAUCUGCGUCAACCCAUCCAAUGGGCAUCACUUGACGCUUGAGGACAUUCAAGAUUAUGUCGUUGAAGGUUCUGAUAUACACACUUCUCCUACGAGAGUCAUUUCAUUGGAAAACACCCUCAAUGGCACCAUCAUGCCUCAGCAUGAGGCAGUGGCUAUCUGCAAUUACGCUCAUCAGCUUGAUAUCCGGACACAUCUUGAUGGCGCUCGGUUGUGGCACGUAGCAGCGGAGACCCGCACCCCAAUGCACGAGCUCUGCGCGCCGUUUGAUUCCGUCAGUUUAUGUUUUAGCAAGGGACUCGGUGCACCCGUUGGGAGCUGUCUCGUCGGAUCGAAGCAAUUCAUUGCCAAGGCCCGGUGGUUCCGCAAGCUUUUUGGUGGAGGAAUGCGUCAGACUGGUAUCCUCGCCGGCGCAGCAGCCUACGCGCUCACUUACAACUUCCCACAACUACCAUAUGUCCACACUUUGACCAAGGAGCUGGAGGAUGGACUCGUGGAGCUUGGAGCGAAGAUCAUUAGUCCCGCUGAAACUUGCAUGCUCUUCUACGAUCCGGCACCGAUCGGAGUCACCUACCAGGAGAUCGCUCAUCGAGCAUCCGAACUUGCCCGGCCAAUCGCUGUUGGAGGGUCGCGGCUUGUUGUGCACAUCCAAACUUCUCCCGAAGCUAUCGCUGAUCUACUCGGGGUCAUCCGCACCUUGAAGGAGGAGAAAGCUCGCGAGGGGGUCAACAGGCUGGUAGACACCAUGAAUGGUGUUCGCCUCAACGGUACCAAUGGAUGCCCCAACUGUGGAAAGGGAGCCAAGCAGCUGGCUUCGUCGUCGUUCAACAUUUAUGCAAAGCCUCCAAAGAAGUCGGCUUGAGCAUUAUAUAUAUCUUGUCGAUAGACAGAUAGGAUACUGCGGGUCUGGGAUAGACUAGAGGUUUAUUUUGCACACAUAGGUUAGAAUCAUUGUCGUUACUAGAGGUAUCUUGC